GGUUAUUCAAAAACAAAAGAAAUGAGCAGCAAAUUAUUUUUAUACUCACAAAGAAUUCCUUUAUAUUUGGGCAACAAAAGUAUUUGUUUAUGCAGUUCAAAUCAAAAAGGACAUUCUCAUUGGGACAACAUUGCAAAAACAAAAACAACAAAAGACCAAGAGAAAGCCAAAAGGAUUAAUACUUAUUCAAAGAGGAUUUUUAAUGCUGUUAAAGAAGGUUGUGAUCCAAAUCUUAAUAAGAAAUUGGCUAAAGUAAUGGAGGAAUAUAAAAAAGAAAGUCUCCCGAUGGAAACAUUUAACAAACUUUUGGACAGGCACAAGGCUGAAGCUGAGGCAAAAAAACAAAAAGGAGAGUGA